AAGAGGUGGAACCAUGGAGACUGGGCUUCCGGCCCCUCUAGCGUGGGGGCGGGGAGGAAUUGGGUAGGUAGGGUUUGGGGCCUCGGCCGUCUCCUAGCGGACGCGGGCUCCCCCGGCGGCUCCCUCGGCGUCUCCAGUCAACCCCCGACCUCUCCCCUAAACUCUGGGCGUUCUCCCCUACGGUGUACCUGACCCCGCUCCAACCAUCCCCAGACCCACCACAGUCCUCCCCACGUUCCGCGGAGGCCAUCGGCCGAGAGCCGAGGGCGCCCUUUGCACCGGUGCGGCGAGCGCGGGGUGCAGAGGUAACCCCGCAGCGCCGGGCGUGGGGGUCCCCGAAGCGCCGAGUCGACUGCCUGAGAGUGGCCCGUAGCCCGGGGCCGAGGGCUGGGGAGCCUCCGCCACAGGCCCGGCCCCCGCUCCGGAAGAGCACAACGCGGUGGGGCAGGUUUCCGAGGUGCUGAGCCCGGUUCGCGAUGUUAGCUUUUGUAGCUGAGGUUUCCAUGGGAUGGGAGGGCCGGGAGGAACCUCCUUCCGGCGCGAUUGCGAGAUCGGAAGGUUGUGCCAGUAGCUGAGAAGCGGCUCGGGGUGGAGAACGGUUUUAGUUAAAGGUCUCUGUGUUGGUUAGUUGAUACAAACAAAAAAAUGGCCUUCUACAGUUAUAAUUCAUUCUUAGCUAUUUUCUGGACAAGAUUGCCUAGCCAUUCUGUGUACCCUCCCUGCUCUCAUUUCCCAUCACUUGCAUUUUUCCACUUGCCAGAUUCUCACUUACGUACAACCUAUAUGAAAAACUGUGGAAGCAGGAAGUACUCCUAUCCCAGUCUAACAGGCCAUAAUAAAGUCCAUCCCUUACGAACCAGACUCCCACAAAAACUGCACCCAACCUGCUGGCUACAAAAUGCCCCUGGUAACCCUCAGCUGGAGGAAAAAGGAACGCCAAAGGCCACAAGCCCGCAGCCUGCCAAGGAAGCUGAGACAGAGAUUUCAAAAGAAAAGCAGUCACUGAGACAAAAAAUCAUGCAUGAACUUAAAUACUAUUACAAUGGAUUCAGUUUACUUUGGAAUGACACCAAAGUCGCUGCCAGAAUCGUUUGGAGGCUGCUGCACGGACAGGCGCUAACCAGACGAGAGAGGCGAAGGCUGUUGAGAACAUGUGUUGAUGUCUUCCGCCUGGUCCCAUUUAUGGUGUUUAUAAUUGUACCUUUUAUGGAAUUCUUGAUACCAGUGUUUCUGAAGCUGUUCCCAGACAUGUUGCCAUCAACUUUUGAAAGUGAAUCCAAAAAGGAAGAAAAACAGAAAAAGAUGAUGGCUGCCAAAUUGGAAAUAGCAAAAUUCCUUCAAGAAACAAUGAAAGAGAUGGCGAAGAGAAACCUGGCCAAGUUGGGAGAUACCUCUUCACAGCUUUUCUCCUACAUAAAACAGUUCCAAACAGGUCACAGGCCCUCCACUAAAGAGAUAGUUGGCUUCUCCAAACUCUUCGAGGAUCAGUUAGCCCUGGAGCACCUAGACCGGCCACAGCUGGUUGCCCUGUGCAAGCUGCUGGAACUGCAGGCCUUCGGGACAAACAAUCUACUCCGCUUCCAGCUCCUGAUGACCCUGAAGUCCAUCAAAGCAGACGAUGAAAUAAUUGCCAAAGAAGGGGUGAAGGCUUUGAGUGUGUCAGAGCUACAGUCUGCGUGCCGGGCCCGGGGGAUGAGGUCGCUGGGCCUCACUGAGGAACAACUGUGCCAGCAGCUCAGAGAGUGGCUGGACCUCCACUUGAAGGAGAACGUCCCUCCUUCUCUUUUGCUCUUGUCACGAACCUUCUACCUGAUAGAUAUGAAGCCAAAGCCUAUUGAACUUCCACCGAAUAUAGAGACUCCAAAGACAAACCUUGGGAUUCCGAUCUCUCCACCCCCUGAGUCAAAGGAGAACGUCACGGACCCCGCGCCUCAGCUCAAGGGGACAAAGGAUGAAGAAUUUAUACAACUACCCCCAGUACAGCCAUCAGUCAUAACACCAGCAGCAGCUAUUCCCAAAGAAGCAAUCCUCCAGGCCAAGUCCCAGGAGAAGUCACAGAAGAGCAAGGCUAAUUCCAAAGGAGCCUAAGGACCCCUUGAAGGUGGAGCUCCCUCUCCAGUCACUGCUCCUCAGCAGUGGCUUCCACCAAGGAAUUCUGGCUACGACUGUCUGGCUUGAGAUAAAGGAUCAGCCAUUAGGUCGUUGGAGGCCUCGUGACCAUCCCAGAGAUGCGAGCAGUAACACAAACUGAAGGCCAUUUAGAGAAGCUCAACUACCCUAUCUCUACUGUAUAGUUUUGUCAACUUACUAAACGUUGCAUAAAGCCACUCCCACCA